CCCAAGCUAUUAUACACAGUUACGAUAUAUUGUGGUGAGAGAGUCUUUCCUUCCUUGGAAUAAACCCCCCUCUCCUUGGCUGAUAUUGCUGGUCAUUAUGACUCCCUCUAUCAGGGGGAUUAUCACGGUGUUCGUCACCGUGUCCCUGGUGGCCCCGUCACAAGGUGGAUGCCCCGUGGAUUGGGUUCAUCAAGGCUUCAAAUGUACACAACUAUUCUCGGAGCUUUUGACAUGGAAGGAGGCCGAACAAAAUUGCCAAUCCUUCACAAAUGAGAACGGCGAAGCAGGUCAUCUGUUGUCGAUUGCGGACGUGAGAGAAAACGCUUUACUAGGUCUAUGGAGUUCACAGCAGGUGGAUAACGUUUGGGUUGGACUCAGCAGACAAGAUGAAGAUGACAUCAUGGCAUGGUCUAACGGUCUACCGACUGAUUUCUACGGCCUAGUGAUGAACGGCCUACUCGACCUCUCCGACGAUGGAGACUGCACCCUGGCAAUACUCGACGAUCGACGGUCAGCAUUAUUGUCCACCAACUGCGACAAUAAAUUCCAGUAUGUCUGCGAGCUUAGCACAUGUCCAGCUGGUUGGACGUCGUAUUUGGGCAACUGCUAUCGGAACUUUGACGAAAACAAAUCUUGGAUCGAGGCUGAGGGUCAGUGUCGUGGUUACCUAACGGGUGGUUCCGUUGGCCAGUUGGUUUCCAUCGCAACGGAGGACUUCAGCAGGUUCCUAACAGAAUGGCAAAUGAUGUCAGCAAGCAAAUCGAACUCGGCUGUGAAGACUUGGAUUGGAGUCGACAAGACUCCAGAGGGGGUAAAUCGACUGAGGGAAUCCACAGGAAAGAUGGCAGGUUGUUCUCAGAUAGAGGGCGGUGUUGUGGUGAGUAAUAUCAACUGCAGCACAGUGUCGACAUACGUUUGCGAGAUCAGCAUGUGCCCGGUGGGGUUCGUAGCUUUUCAAGAUCAAUGCCUGAUGUACGUCGGGGACGAGCAUACUGGGGGCGAGGAUGAAGGAGGAGCUCAUGCGGAGGUCGGAGGUCAUAAGCUUUCGAGGAGGAGACGAAGUUUCUUUAAUAGUUUGGGAAGUUUUAAGCAAACGACAAAAACGUCUAACACAAACAGGAACACAAAAAGGGUUUCAUUUUCCAAUUUCUUUUCAAAAAAGAAGAGUAGCUUCACCAGAAGUGCGGCAUCGAACCAGUUCAAACCAUCCACUUCAAAAUCAUACGUAUCCAAGCCUGGCGGUUUAUUCUCCUCUUUCUUUAAGACACAACCAAAAACAAAAACCGCGAGUAUGACCCGGACUGUCGGUGAGAUCAAACCCAAGGAAUUUAAGUUCAGUAGUGGGUUGGGGGCAACUUUUAAGAGCCGAGGAAGUGCACCCGCUGCCUCAAUCGCCGAAUCACCGGUACCAAGCGUUCAGAAGACAGUCGUACGUCAGAAGUCAAUGCCAGCAGUCAACUCAUUACCGCCCUCGCCUCUAUUUAAUUUCAACUCAUUCUUUAAGAAAAAGCAAACGAGCACUUUGAAAGUUCUUCCAACUCCGGCCGCUCCAGUCACAGUCACAAGCACGGUGGCCAAAAGCACGUUGAUAUGUCCGACGGGCUGGAGCAGCUUCGCGGGGUCGUGUGUUCUAUACUCAGCUGAAAUGAAAACUUGGGACGAGGCAGAGAGUUACUGCAACAGCCGCGACUUGGGACCGUAUUUUUCAGGCUAUGAGGCUCAUCUUCCAACUGUUGAGAAUACCUUGCAGAAUUCCAAUAUGGUGUCCGUUGUCCAGUAUGCCCAGGCUACUAAUCUACCUCCAGCUUGGAUUGGCAGGAAAGAGGGAAGACUCCCUAGUGAGUGGAUCAUUGAUGAGGACACCAUCUUCGAUUCCUUCAUCUCUCAUGAAGGCGAUACAACGGAGGACUGUGUCUACGUCAACUUCCGGGAGAAAUACAACUGGGGUCACAAGUCUUGUUCGACCCAACUGCCAUUCUUCUGCAAGGUUAAGAAAACUGACAAGUACAUCAAGUCAAGUGUUCCAGCGGUAGUGCCAAUUGUUCCAGCGGUUGGGUCAAGUGAUCCAGCUGUAGGGUCAAGUGAUCCGAUUCUCAAACGAAAACCGGUGAGGAGGCCAGUGCCAUCAUCACCAGUUGUGCAACCUUCUUCUUCUUCUUCUUCUUCCUCUUCUUCUUCUUCUUCAUCUUCCUCGUCGUCUUCGUCGUCGUCUUCCUCCUCCUCAAGUGCCACCAGCUCAACGAAAUACUGCUUCCCAACAUGGAAACGUCUUGGCGACUUCUGCUAUUACGUCUUCACUGAAGAGCGGGCAUGGGAGGAAGCAAGGGACCAGUGCAAGGAGUACGUCUAUGGAAACGAGGUGAACGAAAGGGCCAACCUCGUAUCCGUCGCCUCCUCAGAGGAAAACGACUUCCUUGUGAGUGCCUCGUCGUCUACGCUCCCGUUCUGGAUCGGCAUGGACGGCACCAAUUGGCUAGAUGGAACUGUCGUUGGCUACAACGCUUCUCCUAUAGGCAGCCUAAUAAUUAUUGAUGACCCCAUGUCUCUCUCUGCGUCGACCACAGGGUCAUGCUCUUAUGCUUUGAACAAGCAAUGGGGUCAGCAGGAUUGCUCGCAGAAGCUCCCGUUCAUCUGUAAGAUGCCGGCUGCCGUAGUGGCUCAUUUUGUCCGGAAGAAGUAAAAAUCAAAUCGUCCGGGCAUUAUGUGGUUUAAUUGGUAAUAUUAAUGGGGUUAUCGUUAUGGUGUUACUGUAAUUAAGUAUAAACUAUUGGAGGGGGUAAGAUUUGUUGAAAGAAGGGUGAGUGGUCCUUAGUGCCCCCCCCCCCCUCAAUGAUCCUUUGCAAUUCAAGGUCGAUUUCACAAGAGUUUUUAAACACAGUUAAGGCUAGUCCUUUAGAAGGACGAGGAACUCGUCCUAACUCGAGAUAAAACUAGUCUUAACUCUUUGUGAAAUCCACUCCUGAGCGUUAGUGUCCCAUCACAGACCAAAGUACAGAUUCUUGACUGGAUGAGGGGUCCUUAGUGGUCCUUAGUUCCCCUUAACUAUAAGGGAUGAGGGGUCCUUUAGCAGUCUGGUCCUUAUACCGCCUCUUCACUGACCCUAACUGCAGAUUCUUCAUUGUGUAGACAGGAUUGUAGAUUUGCUGACGCUCUUCAUUAAUUGCAAAGCCGAUAAUAAAAAGCCUUAGUUAAGUUAACUUCGACUAAGCCAAUAUUAGCCAAGGACAUGAUGAAUAGGACAGUGUUCAGUUUUAGAUGUGUGAGGGAAACCCCAAUGGGGAAACCCACGCGAUUAGGUCGGGACUGGAAACUCGAUCCACAUGCAAGGCAUACGGCUCUGAGGAGGGAUUCGAACCGGGGUGCACAGAAAUGAAAGGCAGGGAAAGAAACCACUGGGCCAGUUGACAACAAUUUUUAAAGAAUAAUUGUUGUAUCUAAUCUGGGAGGAAGUACCAGCAUUGCGACGAUAAUAGCAAGUUGAUUACAAUAUUUAUGAAACCUAUAUCUAAGAAAUAACACAAUUUAUUGACAAAGUAAACAGUUGUAUUACGGUGAGAGGGUUUGGAUAAAGUGUUAAGGUUAAUGUUCUUCUCAUUUGAUUUUGUUCGUGGUAAUAUUUUAAGAAGAAUUAAAUGAACUUAAACCGAUAGUUUAAACCUAUACAAAUAUAGAUAUACAGUAAAGCUAUAAGUAAGUAACUAACAUCUAAAAAUUUAAUUUCAAAAGGAUUUCGUUUUUGAGAUAUCGUCGAAAAGCUGGAGUGGUUAUGUAAUGGGAAUUCACAAUCUGAGAAACGUUUCGUGGAUGAAGCGUUUCUCAGAUUGUUUGGA